CAACAAGCGCGUCAUAGGAUACAAAAUGGCAGCCCCCAGUUUCGUGUAAAGUUUUUGCGGAACUUGAAUCAACUAAUUCUGGUGUUUUUGAAGGGUUUUAUAGUUUACAACACACAUUAUGAGUUCACCUAGGCCAAAGUCGUCAAAGCCCAAAGCGUACCAAGCAGAGGCCCGAUCUGGCUCGGGUGCAACGAGGCCGAAGACCUCGGGCAGCGGAGUCCAGCAUAGAGGGCCGACCAGCAUGACCAGACAGACGAAGCAACCGCCCGUGGGAACAGCAGGCGCGUCCCGUUCCCAGCCGGCCAGAGCCCAACCCAAGUCAACGGGCCCAGGCACCAAGGCCCUAGUCCCACGAGGCUCUCGUAAUGCGCCGGGCCCAAUGGAAGUCUUUCGUAAUCCAGACAAGCGGAUCGCAAUGUCCAAGCAUAAUGGCCUACUCCAUCCGGAAGGUUACAGUAUGCGGCCCAUCAUCCCCGCUGAGAAGGCCGAGCUGAUAUCUGUCGCCCGCGCCAUGAACCGCGAGGAGUUUGGACCACGCCUCCAGAAACUGUUCCAUCCUGAGACAGAAGCAGCCACUGAGGCUAUACAAACCGGGGUCUACAUAGGUUGGAGAUGUCCAGAGUUCACCUGGGAUUGCAUCCGAGUUGGGAGGGAGUCCAGAUGCUUUUGUGGCCACAUUUUGAGUGAACAUGCACCGUACAAUGGUCGAAGUGUCCAGGUCCCCUGUCGACACUGCCCCUGUCGGGCAUUUGCCUUCAUCCCCGGCAGACCGGAGGACAUCGGGGAGUUUUGGUUCCAGCGACGGCGGGACUUUGAUCCGACGACAUGGCGUGCCAAGUGCCGCUGCAAACACACCCACGAAGAUCACGACUGCACUGGGAUCAGGAGGUGUAGAAUGAGAAGUUGUGGGUGCGGCGCGUUCAAUUCCAACUUCCUGUGUGCUGCAUGCAACAGACACUGGGAGGAUCACGUGACGGUGUUCGAAACAGAAACCGAACGACAUCAGAAAAAAAUCCCAUACGGUGAGGAUUACCUGCCGUUUGCCGAGAUGCCGGACCUACGCAACAUGGCCCUGACGGGUGUGGACAGCGACCCUGGGAUCUACAGAGAUCUGGUGGAGGGCCAGGGCAACAUACCGAGGGGCCGGCCGGCCAUCGGGCAGGACACCCCAGUCAAACCGCCCAAGAACAGUGGAUUCAAUCCGGUGUGGGACUGAUCAGACUAGCUAUGAGGCCUUUUCACACUAUGGUCCCGAUAACCCGAGGCCUUUCACAUUAUCCAAAAUCUCGUGAGUCCUCUUGUGUCCAACACAGAGAGUUUGAGAACCUUUUUUAUACUAGCAAGAAUCCAACACAGUUCUACAUGGGUCCAGCGCUCUGCAAGUGUAACCUGAAAAAAAUUACACACUAUGGGGAACUUGCACAAACUAAUACAACUAAACUAAACUUAGGAUCUUUGAAGGGAAAAUUUGCAAGGAAAGUGAAUUAAUAGGGACAAGAGCAAAAUUCUAAAUUUCAAACCAAAAAAAACCCAAAAACCAAAAAAGGGAAUUUAUUUACAAACAAAUUCAAGACUUAACAAAACUAAGUGAAAAAACCAAAACAAAAACCAAAAUAGGACUGAACUCAGAAAAAAGAGAGACCAAAACCAUGAAGACUAAAAACCAAAACAAUCUAAAACCAGAAACUUCAAACAGACCAAAAACUAAUACCAAGAAAACCAACACUAAAAACCAGAAGUUCAAACCAACACAGUGUGAAUUAAGUGGAUCUUAACUUUAGACUUGUGUUGAUUUCAACACGUGUAGGUGAGACGGGAGCAGAACUGCGUCCGAUUGAACACCUACACCAGUCUGUACAUUGGUUUUCCCACCCGUGGUGUCUGGGUAGAACCUCUCAGCUCAUGCCCCAACCAAGGCUGAGUUAUGCUGGUAUGGAAACAAUGUUUGAUUCUUUCUAGUGCCAAAGAGGUUUUCAAAAUCUCAGGGUUUAGUCAAUCUGGGCUGAAUCUUGAGAUUUCCAAUAGAGCGAAAGUAUACCUCUAGUUUGAACAAAUAGAAUAGCCAGCGCAUCUUCCGUAGGACCACAAUGCAGGGACAGUUAUAUAUGUAAAUCAAAUUUGAUCGAGAGUUAUAUCUCAUUGUCAAGUCUCAAAAAAGGCACUGUAAUGACACCAAUUUUUUGUUGGGGGGGGGGGGGUGUGAUGUGAAUUGAAGGUUAUUGAUGCAAGCUCACACGUUGCUGUCAUUUUAACAUUACUUUCACAGUUUUAAAUUUUUAGAUUGAAGGAGAGUGACUGCUCGUACAAUUUUGCUUCAGUAGAUGUGAUAUUUCUACAGUUUCACUUCAAACCCCUAGAUUAGGUCAUUACAGCAUCCUGACACUCGCUAAUAAAUACGGCCUAUUGAAAAUAAAUAUGCCACCUUAAAUAUUGCUGCUAUGUCUGUUUUAGGGAUAAAUUGUACACAUUAUGAGCAAACUACAAACUUAACGCUUAAGGAAUAUGAUGCACUUUGGAGGUUAAAAUUGUUCCUUAGGACAAACUGUUUUAGAUUAUCGAUUAGGGACAAAACAACAAUGAAUAUAAUACGGGAGAGGUGCCUGAGGGGGGCGUGUGUGUGUCAUUUUGUUGGCAAAAUUAAUUCUUACAUACUGGCAAAUUAUGCAACAGUCAGCCUUUAACAGCAGCGACAUUUUAGUGUCAGAUAGUGUCAAGUCCUGUCAACUGAUGAAAGCCUGGAAGAAACAAGGGAUCAACAAGAAAAAGUUAAAAAAACUUGUAAGAUCAGUAUUUUUUUGCCAGUGAUCAGGGGAGUCAGGUUGGCAUUGUGGUACUUUCCUCGCCUUCCACCGCUGUGACCCGGGUUCGAAUCCCGCCUGGGCCAAUAAUAUGGAUUGGGUUUUCAGUCCCUACCUGAUUUCGUGGGUUUUCCUAGAAUAUUCUUCUGGGCUUUUCCUCCCACCUCUAAAACUUUAAUUUCGUCUCAUUGUCUUCUCUCUACAGGUUUCUUCAGGCUUGCGAGCUACAUUACCUAGGGUACUCUUAAGGAUUCCUUGGUUUCAUUAUCAGAAAUAAAAUAAUAAUAAUAAUUAUAGUAACAACUUUUAUCCCAAGUGAGUACGCCAUAAUUUGUUGAUGCAGUCAGCUUAUGGAGUCUUUUUUGAACCAACUUCAAUUUUUAAUUUGUUCCUAGUGAAUGUAUAUAUUUUCAUUUGAGAUAAAACAGAAAUUUCUCAGUUGGAUUACAGGAACUUUAAAAGAAAAGAUUAAAAUCGAGAAUGCAAAUUCAAGGAUAAAACUAUUUUUGUAAAUAUAGUGUGUAUUAAAGAAGCCUUGUGUGUUCCAAAAAGUUUUAUAUUUUGUCAAAUAAAAAUAUAAUUUUUAUUUCAUAUUGUGGCUUUUUAUCUGUCUGCCAUUUGUUGGAUUAAUAAAUUAAAAGUGAUGCGAUCAA